CGUACCGCAACUCAUCCUCUACCACGACGUCUAUACCUCCGUCGCAACUCAGAUCGAUACCCAGGCAUCAUGAAACCCUGAAGUACUGAUGAAUAUGUAUAGUCUAAACGAUACGGCAGGACGUACUAGUCGAUUGUCCAUCCUCUGGCCUGUAGAUCUCAAGCCGGUUGAUGGCUAUUGCUACGGCUGGGACGGCCCUUUAAUCUGCGUAGCGGGCAUCCUACAAGCCGAUUCGUUGGAGGAGGCGAUAGCCUUGCUCUCAGAGAUCUCGCACAGCGACAGAUGGUCCGGUCUACGGGGAGACAUCGCUAUCGACUUUCCGUCUGUCCUUGGACGAUUUAGUAUGCCUCAGGAUACCAUUGCUGGGACGACGCUCAGUGUGACAAGCUUCUCUGGACCCCGACUAGAACUGUGUAGCCAAGACACAAUGUUUGAAGUCACCGCCUCAGAAAUCAUACGCUACAAGCGACCAAACCAAUCGGCCAUGCAGUUCUACUCCUCUGAAUAUCGAGAACUCGACAUUGUCCCGUCGCAGGUCACCAAGAACACUGCCUCUCGGAGACCACCGCCAGCGUCAUUGAUAUUAAGCCAUGAUUUCAGCCGCCCUUCGUUCGCAUCGCUGUCAAGAUUAGAUGAUACGGUUAUCCGUUUUGCUAAUGCAUCACAAACCUUGGCCGACUUCCUUGAAACAGCCUUGUCCAGGCGACAGGGGAAACAGACAUCGCGACCACCUAGUGUAGGGCCGGUACCGGAACGGUCUGCGUCGACCCAGCCUUUCCAGCAAGUCAUAGCAGCCGGUAGGGUUGUACGAUAUAUGAUGUCCUUUCUGAGGGAUUUCUCAACGACGAUCGAGCAGCUCGACGUCCGCUCUGAGCAAGUGACAUUCCUCAUCACUCAAGCGCCCUUCAUCACCGGACGUUGCCAGGCCCAAUCGGCAGACAGAAUCUCUCGAUACGUCAAGUUCUACAAUUGCAUAUGGUUGAUGCUUAACGACAUGAUCAUCGGGGUCGCCUUCGGCUCUUUCCUGUGCGAGAACUGUCUCGUACUGGGUAACCUACUCGAUUCGUUCACGCAGAUUUACCUCGUCGAGUCUAUGCAGCGAGCCCUCAUCUGGCUAAACAGCUGGCCAGCAGGAUUGAAGCUCAACACGGAGCUCAGCCAGUUCUACUGUCAUUCUCUGUUAGCCGCGAUCACAAUAUGGGGCCGUGUUCUGCGGAACGUGGGCCCGUACUACCCAGCAUUGCUCUGGAUGGUAGGCGCUGCUGGCUGCUGCGGCAUGACGAUGAUCGUAUCCCUCCUGUCGGACAUCAUCAGUCUGCUCACCGUACAUGUAUACGUGUGCUAUGUCCUCUCCGCCACGGUAUUCCGCCAGGUACUCGGCCUUGCGGGGUCUCUCUGGAACCUGUUCCGCGGGAAACGGUUCAACGUGCUCCGUAAUCGACUUGACUCGUGGGACUACGACAUCGACCAACUCUUGCUGGGCACCAUCCUCUUCACGCUGGUCGCCUUCCUAUCUCCAACGGUCCUGACGUAUUACGCCCUCUUCGCUACUACUCACUUGGCGGGCAUCAUGCUACACGGCUUGCUGGAUACGAUAUCUGCACUCUUGAACCACUUCCCUCUGUUCGCCCUUAUGCUCCGCAUCAAAGACCCAAUGCGUUUACCAGGUAGCAUCAUAGCUCGCCUGCCGCUCAGAACGGCUCAAUGACAGCAUCUCGCAGGGCACAUAGUAUUCAGGAGA